AUGUCGACCUCAAGCAGCGUACCUCAUCGACACGCGGGUUUACAGCUAGUCUACAUGGCCACUCCUCGCACCGAUACAGCGGACAAUGUAGGCAAGGUCACCGAUAUCAAUUCAGGUACUCUCAACAAAUCCAUAGCACCUCGGCGAACGGCGACGAAUCCGGCAACAAAUCCAGGGAAUACGGACCUCGAUACCCUCUCAUCCCGUACAGAUCACAUCAUGUCCCAACUUCAAGGGAACCGCAAUACUAGCCGCAUGGGGCGUAUCAAGCAUUGUAACAAGUGCAAGCACCUCUAUCCUAUCGAACACUUUCAGUUUUUAGAUAACUUUGGUCGCUUGAAGGAGCGGGUGAAUUGCCAAACGUGCCGCACAAAGCGUCGUGCCUCCGACAGAGCGCGAUUGGCCCGCGAGAAGGAGGCUCAAUGGACCGAACAGCAGCAGCGACGUCAAGACCUGGGACGGCUUUUUCGCGGCAGCGUUCCCUCAACAACCUUGCCCAAUCAAACUGUCUCGAUUCAAGGCUGUCUUGUUGCUGAUAAACCUCAGACUCAAGCACCGCCUACCGAGCCAGGCUUCAACACGAUAGCACUCCGAGACCUGAUGCCUGCUGGCUGGGAGAAAGUCGCCGUGCACAGCCACCAGCCUAUAUCCACUCGAUGCAACUCACAGAAACCCCAAGUUGCGUCUUCGACUCACUGUCAUGCACCCACACAUGUUGAUCCUCGCCGUCUAGUCAGCACGCCAGGCGGGAUGGGGAACAUGAAGACCAUUUACAAGGCGUCCCUGCCUCAAGCCGCACCAAACACCAUUCAACCUACCUUUGAGCCCAACAAGUUCAUGGGAUUGUCUGGGAAAGCGCCGGGGCUUCAGGUCGGUUCGGGUCAGGUUGGGUUCGGCCCAACCCCAUCACCCGGAUCUGCAGAAGAUGACACAACUUGCCCAGUCGCCAUGCCGUUCUCCUCGAGCUCUUCAGACCCUGUCGGCUUCUCGUUCCCUUCCCCCGUGGAUCCUGCUGCUGGUUUGCAUGCCACUGCACCGUUGGACUUUGGAAAGCUUCUUCUGGGGGAUGGCCCACCUACUGCAGACUUUGAUAACAUGGAUAUGGACUGGCUGCAUGAAGCCCAAACAGCGCACACAGACUUUAUGGAGUUCCUCAACGUCGAUAGCAACGACCCGACAGGCUGUCCGAUGCAGACAGAACGCGAACCCGACGAGUUGUUGCAACUGAACCUUGAGGACCCCGCUGAACCGUGUAUUCCGCAGUUGCCCGGGCAGUCCCAGGAGACGUCAAUCGACCAAAGAACUUCUAUUGCAGCGGCUUGUCUUGCGCCUGAGCAGACCAAACAGAUCAGUGAUGGUCGUGCAGAGGCCUACCCUGACGGCAACAAGCAUGUCCACUCUCUUCCCGCCGUAUCUGCAACCCAGCUGGCUAGUAUGACCCCUUUAGAGAAGCAGACUCUAGAGAGAUGGGAGACUGGCCUGCAAAAGUGCUCGCAGCUUCGUGCUCUGGACGCGUCAACGCUCGAAUGCCUCUGGCUAGAGCGCUGGAAUGCCGCCCAGGCUGGCACUGAGGUCCGCCCGCACACGGCGGAAACACCCAAGGAUCUGUGGCAGAUCCCGAUCAAUACUGCGCUUGUAUAUCCAGAGAGCCACAUAAGCAUCACUUAA